AUGGGUUGCGGUGCGUCCGCCGCUCGCGUGAGCGCAAACUGCCCCAAGAUCAGGGCCAUCAAACUGACCGAGGUCAAGAUCCCCGAGUUUGAUGAGGUCUUCAACGACUGCAAGAAGCCCCUCAACACUAUCGUCAAACUGAACAACGACUUGUACGCCUAUCUGGAUGGCGAGAACAACGUGACUUGCGAUCUCCAGAAGCUGAAGGAUGACGACUUCGUGUCUUGCCUUGCUGACGAGUUGGCCAAGCCCACCACGGGACUUAAGUUGAAGGCUGCUUGGGACAAGAUGACUGCGUUGGCGGCGCCCCUGGCCGCGGCCGCGGAGGCCGCCGGGCAGACGUUCUCGAUCGCGGCGGACGACACGAUCCACUUCGAGGAGCCCGCAGAGGAGCCCACCGAAGAGGACGCCAAGGCCAAGCACACCGCCUUCUGCGACGCCGUGGACAAGUUCAACCUGCAAGUGUACAACGUGCGCGCGGUGCUGGCGGCCAUCAACGGCCCGCUGAGCCUGAGCGGCGCCAUCUGCGAGCUGAAGAAGCACCUGAUGGCCAAGGGCCACGGCUUCGACGUCGACUUCUCCACCUUCGAGAUCAAGAUGCCCUCCGUGCACGACCUGCCCAAGCCGCUCGCGUGCAUCGUCGAAGUGAUUGAGAAGCUGAUUGACCGGCUGAAGCACAUCGGCGAGGUGGGCGAGAAGAUCAAGGAGGAGCUGGAGGAGCUGGUGAAGAAGGCGGAGGAGUUCCCCGAGAAGGCCAAGGACGCGCUCUCCAACUCCGAGAUGAACCCCUUCGAGAUCCUCAAGGCCGUGCACGCCGUCGCCAUGAACGUCAAGAACGUGGCGGGCGCGCCGUUCAUCCUGACCGGCGUUCUGGGCACCGUCAAGACGAUCCCCACCGAGAUCAUCCAGGGCAUCAAGGACGCGGUCGCCGGAAAGCCGUCCGUCGCCACCCCGGCCUCGCCCAAGUCCCCCGCCGCCAAGGCCGCAUAA